GUUGUUUGCGGCUGAAGUUUUGAGAAACUCGUCGAGCAAUUUGCUAGGACUCGUAAUCUCACAAUAUGAUUUUGUUUCUGCUGUUGAUUUUAGUUUUACGUAGUAAGUAGGAAAAUUUUUAGAUUUUUCUGAGCUAAUUUUGCUGCCAUCGCAAAACUGCGAUGGCUUCUCUUUAUGACGUUGCGUAUUAAUUGUCUUCCCCCGGUUCUGUGACAUAUCGCGUCAAACUAAAACCAAGUACAGAAUUACAAGCCACGGAUGGUGCAGUACAGCUAGACGGGGAGCAAUUCGAAAAUGCCGGCUUCGACUAUUUGCUACGGCUUGCACAGCUUCCGAAAGAUAAUCUGCAACGCCUUGCACAGUUCCCGGAAGUGGCGGAACUGACAUUAAGGCCAGCCGUACGAGCGGAUGCACAAAGCGAAAUGGAACAGCUUCGGCUCUCCAUUCAACAUUUAGCCAAAUUAUUUAUUAACGGACAGCGACACGAAUAUGUGCAAGCGUAUUAUGGCGUCGAUUAUACUGGCCGGCGGCCUGGAACUUCGAUGACUUGCUACAUUCUCUCCGAAGACUGCCAAGGUACACCACUGGACAGCCUUAUGCAGACCAAAAUUCCGGAUGAGUACAAAGUGCUUUCCUAUGCACGAAAAAUUUUACAAGGCUUAGAAUUUCUCCAUAAGCAUAAGAUUAUUCAUCAGGAUAUCAGAGGAGCCAAUGUGAUCGUGUCCGAAGGAAAGGAAACGUUAAAGAUUACUGGAUUAAACAUGAUGAAGUGUUUCGAUAGUGAUACAACACCGCCUGAUUGCGUCGAACAUGCGGCCGGCACUGUACCGUUUCUUUCUCCUGAAAUGGCGAAACUUUCGACCGCCAUGCAGAAUGAAAAGUCGCCUGUUGGCCGCAAGUCCGAUAUCUGGAGCUUCGGUUGUACCUUGGUUGAGCUAAUGCAGCGAGGCCAGCCGCCGGUGUUUCACAAAAGAGAAAAAGAUGGGCAUCCGGUUGUCAUGGAUGCGCAUUCAACAACCUUCGAAAAUAUGCAUUACUACUUCAGUGAGCAGUACAAGCCGCAGUAUCCUACGGCUGAGCAGUAUCAUCAGAUUAGGCCACAAGAGGAGAAGUUUCUAGAUGCCUGCUUCAUGCACAACGCCACUCUACGACCAACCGCCUCACAGCUCUUAAAUAUGGUGUAUUUCAAUCCUGUUAUACCUACCGGAUCGAUAGCCGCAGAGAAUCAGCUUUUUUUGGUCACGCGCCAUGAGCUUAAGACAGCUACUCAGAUGGCUAAUGAGGGGGGCAAAUUAGCAGAGUACGAUCCGAAUGCAAAGGCACUGACCCUGGUACAAAUCAGGGAGUCGGAAGCGGAAAAAGAUAGGAGCAGAAAGAAUGAUGAGAAGUUCUCUCUUCCCGAGAUACUGAACGGAUCGUUUGCACCCGGAUGGGCAUCUGCCAUAUCAACGGUUGAUAAGAACUAUGACCCCGAAGGCGCAUUAAUGCAAAAUAAGCAGCAGAUGUAUGAUAUACUGAUCAGCAGUGUGACACCGAAAACGCAGAAUGUUCUCGAGCAUUUCGCAGUUAGACCGGAAGACGGCGAGCUGCGAAUUUUCACCGCACCCGAAGCAUACGGCAUGGUAACAUUUCCGCUGCCAUCCAUGAUGCGCACCAGAGCAUUCAAAACAAGUUUAAUUCCGCAGUUCAUCGCGCAAGUACUCAAAGGUUGCACCGUCAUCGAAAUGUUUCAACGCAAGCCACCGGAAUGGGCCGCACCGGGUGACGUUAGGCACGAGCAGAAUUUGAAGCCAGAUCAAAGUUUAGGGGAUUUUUAUCACAAUUUAUGGGAGUUGUUACACAAGGAAGCUGUACCCGUCAUUUAUCCACAUGUAUACCAAGAUUUCUGGAAUGGUUAUAACGCUCAACACUUUAUCAAACAAUGUUUCAGAAGCGCAACUUUUAGACCAUCAUGUGCCAUGUUGAUGGAAGAUGACUUUGUCAACGACGUUUCGUCUGACUCGUUUGGCAGCAGCUGUCAGUACUGUUUUGAUACAACAGAGAUCAUUCGACAGGAUGACAGCGGUACAACCUACAGCGCAACGAUUACCGAUCGCGGGGAUUUUACUGGUGACGAUGUUGUAACGGUUAAAAUAAUCCCGUUAUUUAAGGGCACCACGGACACCAAAGCAGAUAUACUGAAGUCGGCCCACUCUUAUCAACCGAAAUGCGACAAACUAAAAGAGUUACUUCAAUUACGAAAUAAGCAUACAAUCGCGCAUCACAAAGCUACCAUCAGAAGAAAACUCGCCGUGGGAGAAGCAACGGUUGAAUUGUUGAUGGACAAAUGGACUGGCAUCACCCUGGAUCAACACAUAAAAAGCAUAGCGCUACCAUCGCGGCUGGACUAUAGUUCUGUAAUCAAGUGGGGAAUCCAGAUUACCGAGGGAGUUCGUUUUCUGCAUGGAAAGAACAUCGUACACGGUGACCUGAAACCAGCCAACAUACUUAUAGGCCGCUGGAAGAACGGCGAGCCUAUAUUAGUUAUUGGCUGUCUCGAGCAUUUCAUUCGCGUCCAGGAAAGCGGCAACAGUGACGUCCGUGGCACUGAGUCGUACAUGUCACCGGAAAUGCUUCGGAGGCUUCAUAUUCGACCCGAGAAUCUCUCCGACCUACCAGUCGACAUGCGAAGCAUCGAAUUGGGAUUAUCAAGCGACAUCUGGAGCCUGGGAUGUGUUCUUCUGGAGGUUGCAGAAUGCCAGAAGGGCGUUCGCUAUAAAAAACUGCGAUAUGACGGAAAAGACAACGUCAAAGAACGUGUUAUCGAAACCCUUGUGGAUGAUAUUAAUGGACACAUAACGAAUACUGUGCAUGGAUUUGUUCCCUACUUGGACGACUCAGUCGAUGAUGACGAACUGAGAGGCUGUAUCAGUGACUGUCUACGCACAAAUAGUAGCGAAAGAAUUUCUGCAGUUGAACUGAAGGGGCAAUUGAAAAACCUGCUAUUGGGUCUACAGAAGGCAGGAGAAGCGAAGAUUCCUGUCAAAGCUUUGGGAAGCGACUGUCAGUAUAACAAAAGUAGCGACUGCAUAGACUCUUUUGGGAAAAUCUACAGGGCUGUGGUUACAAGUCGCGGUGCAUUUUCGGGGAAAGAUCAGGUUGCAGUUAAACUCGUUUAUGUCAAUCCAGACGUUCCGGUUGUUGCAGCCGACAACAAUUACGGAAAUUUGCGCCUCAGGUUAGAAAAAUUACUGGAUCUUCGGCACGAAAAUAUCCUGCGGUACCACAAAGCCACAAUAACCAGAGCGCAUGCCGGUCCGGUCAUAGAGCUACUCAUGGAUUACUGCGAGGGUGGAGACCUAAGCGUCUUCUUGAAACAGCUGCGAGCAAGGAUGAUAUCCUGGAUAAAGGGGUGGCUGUUCGCUUUUCCCUUGAAAUGGCCAAACUGACGCAUCCAGAAAUCGCUUCAGCAGUUGGCGAACACAUGGGAUCAUUUGGCAGCCUGGAGAAUUACAUUUAUAACCGAAACUCUGACUACAUUGGAAAAGGGUCAUGUGGUAUUGUCUACAUGGCUGCUUUAACAGAAAGCAAUCCUGACGUGCGUCCUGGCAGUGUUAGUAUAGCGGUAAAAGUCAUGCAGUUAAACACAAACGAUUUCCACGUCGCGGAAAGCUAUCCCCGAAUACUGGGUCGAUUGCAAGCGCUAAUACAACUCCGACAUCCUCGAGUGGUUGCGUAUCAUAAGAUCACAUUAACGAAAGCUACACGAGGGAUAUCCGUAGAGUUGGCCAUGGAUUACUAUCGAAAUGGAAACCUUGCAAGUCGGCUAAAAAUGCUGCGGGAACUCGGAGCGUUAUUUCCGGAGAAAAUGGUUAUAGAAUAUGCAGCAAAUCUUGCAAGCGGAUUAGAGUUUUUACACCGAAACCACAUUGUCCAUGGUGAUCUGAAACCUGAGGUCAUCUUUGUGGAGCAGUUGGAAAGUGAACAAACUAAAUUGGUUAUCGGCGGCCUGGAUUACAUAACGCAGACACUUUUACGCGGCAGCUACCCUGGUGGUAGUACUCGCUUGCGCAGUUCCAUCUGGUACAUGUCGCCAGAAAAUCUUAAAAGAACUUUGAGCGGAUCAACCGAAACGUGUGAAUUGAAGUCUGACAUCUGGAGUCUUGGCUGCAUUUUGCUAGUUUUGGGAAAAUGUGUGACAGGAAAUUUUAAGACAUGCCUGCGCAAAGCAACCGGCGAAAUCGUUACUGGAACGGAAAAAACACUUUUGGAUACUCGUUUUGUUGAACUGAUAAUGGAUGGUUACGUUCCUGUUGUCGAUGAUAGAAUAUUGAGAACUCUGCAGGUUUGUAUAGAAGGCUG